AAACCCACCAAAAUCUGCGUACCCUUUACGUCCCUUUCACUUUUCUGUUCUUUUGUCCGCGAACACUCCUUUUCCUUCACAAUUCACCACAACGAUUCACAUUCCCAUUGCCAUUGUUCCCUCCACAGCAAGUCCUCCCCGUAUUUCCCCACAAUUAUUUAGAACUCCAUUUUUCUCACAAUUACUUGGUCAUGUGGCUGAUAAGAAUUGUUCUUGAAUUUCGUUUGCCAUGAGGAGUUCUUGCUGCGGCUGCAGCUGCAUGCAAUUGCAAGCAUGGAUGAACUGCCGGGGUCGUUGGGAACCAGUGCCAGCUUGGCUCUGCGAUUCGGGCAGACCAUCUUCUCCACUGCCUCUCUUCUCUUCAUGUGCUUGGACGUCGAGUUCUACAGCUACACCGCCUUCUGCUAUUUGGUGACGGUAAUGGGUUUGGUAGUUCCGUGGAGCAUGACUCUGGUGAUCGUUGAUGUCUACUCUGUCUUCUUUAGAUGUUUGCAUCAUCAACCAAGAAUAAUUAUAAUAAUUAUUUUAGGAGACUUGGCGUUGUCGUAUCUCUCACUCGCUGCAGCUUGCACGACCGCUAGUACCACAAAUCUCCUACUGUAUCUCGACGGAUCCUACUGCCCCGCCAAGUUAUGUACUAGAUAUCAGUUAUCUGCUGCCAUGGCUUUCCUGUCUUGGUUUCUUUCACUAGGUUCCUCUCUGUUCAAUCUCUGGCUUCUUGCUUCUUUGUAAAGGUCCUGCUGGUUGUUGUCAUAUACAACAAUUGAGCUCCACCGAGUUAGAACAAUCGCAUCCAUAUACAGAUAUUUUUGGGAGAUAUAGAUAGGGUCGUUCUGAGACGAAACUUAAAGAAAAGUAUACCUACAAGGUUAUUCUGUUGAAUUGUAUUUUAUGAAGAAAAAGAAAUAGUUCUCAUUUUAUUUA